AUUACACAUUCCCAAUCUCUGCAUCGACUUCCCUCACCAAAGGGGAGCAAAAUUGCUCUCAUCGAGCACGGCCGAUACAGUUGAGGCUGCGCAUUACACUCGCUGCGCUCUUCUACACAAUGGCUCCGCCCACACAGCCACGUCGCCAAGGUGCCGCGUCUCGCAGCAUCUCUUCAUCCGCCUCCUCCCUCUUCAGCUAUGCCUCCUCCUUCGCAUCCCGCAUCCCCCGCCCAGCAUGGUAUCUCGUCACAUUCCUCUCCUCUUCUUACUUUCUCACAACUUUCCUCAUCUCUCGCCUCGCAGCCCUGCAUGAGCGCAUGUCAAAAGACGCCGAGUCUAAGGAUGGGCUUAAGAAGCGAUUCCAACAGAACCAGAACGACGUAGCGUUCACCGUCAUGGCGCUUCUGCCUACGUUGGGCAAGGGAGUCAACGAGAAAUUUGAUGUUGAUAAGAUCACAGAGGAGCUGAAGAAAGUGGGAGAGAGGGGAAAGGUGGUGCCGAAUGUGCCGCAGGCAGUCGACAUACAGCCUGCUGCGCCAGAAGCUGAGUCGACAGCACCUGCCGUGGAAGCCAUUGAAGAGGCACAAGCUAUACCUGCGCCGUCCGAGACAGCCUCAUCACCAGCGAAGCACAUCGUAGCUCCCUCAGGCGCUCCUACCUCGGCGCUCGACGCAGUGUCCGAGCCGCUACCACCGCCAAUUUCGCCCGAGGCUACCCUUACGCCGACGCAAAAGACGAUGACCAAUGGGAUGCACGACAGGACAAAUGGUGAUAGCAACGGUAGUCACGAGGCCGUAGUUGAGGAAUCUUCAGCCCCGCAGCCUCAAGGUUCUCCCGCUGCAAACGAGCUCAAUGGCAAGUCCAAAGCGGAGGCAAACGGCAUCCAUCCGGCUGCAUCGACAGCAGAUGCUCCCCCGGCCGCGACGCAGCCGGGGAAAACAGUCAGCGACGAGGAUCACAAGCGUCUGCAGCUUGAGCAUGAAGAGAGGGCUCGACAAGCCGCAGCAGAAGCGGAGCGCAAGAAGCGAGAGGAGGAAGAAGAACAGCAGAGGCGGCGAGCAGAGGAGGAGAUGGAGCGCAAGCUGCAAGAAGAAGAGAAAGAGCGCCAACGUCUCGAAGAGGCAGAGCAGCGUCGUCAGGCUGAAGAGGAGCGGCAGCGCCUCGCCGCCGAGCAGCUAGCGGCGGAUCGCAAGCUCAAGAUGGAGCUCUGGUCCGAGCUCAAGAUUACGGCCAUCUCCCGCGCCCUCACAACAGUCUACGCCGUCAAUCUACUUUCGAUGCUCACGCACGUUCAGCUCAACACUCUCGGGCGAUAUGCGUACCUCUCUAGCCUGGCGAGGCAGGACGAUGAUGCGGCCACGCCUCAGCCACCGGCGAACAUUGCCCUGGAUCCCUUCGAAGACGCAUGGGCAAAAGCCAACACUCCUGCCGCCUCUCAAUCCUCGUCACCCUCCUCUUCAUCGCGCCAACAUGUCUCUCAAGACAGCUCAGAAGCCUACCUCACCUUCUCGUGGUAUUUCCUCCACACCGGCUGCCAGCAGCUCAGCGAACGAGUCAGGUCAAAGGUGGAAGAAGUCAUGGCUUCUGUUCCGCUCAAGACGCAGUUGAACCACCAAGAGACGGUUGCCGUGCUUGCGAGGAUCAAGCGCAGGAUUGAGUACGAGUACGAGAGGAGCGAUGCGGACGAUGAGGAAGAGGGUGACGGACCCAGCUCGCCUCGCGGAGACUUCCCUGGUUUCGUGCCCAACGAAUCGAAAAUGGCGAUGGGCUCUGAGUCACUAUUGCCCAACGGCUUCUCCUCGGGCCAAUUCGAGGAUGAAAGCAUGAUGAGCGUCAGCGUCAUGAGUGGCAGCACAACUGCCACAGCCCGCAACAGGCGAGGCAAGAGGCGUAGGGUUCAUCUGCUUCAAUAUCUCCUUCCCACCACACCGCAGGGCGACCUCGAAGUCCUUCACGCUUCUGGCCUCCUGCCGCCGUCAACAGCACUCAGUCCGGGACCCAUAUCGGUCAAAGAGUACGACACCCACGUCGCGUCCCUCCUCGACGAGACACGGGACGUCCUGGAGUCAAGAGACGCAGCCAAGGUGCUUCGCAAAUGCAUCAACGCCGCCUUUGACACGAUGGCCGAAGCAUUGCGCGCUCCCUUUGGUCUCGAGCCCAGUCAGCACGACAGUGCGGCCCUCCUUGACGAGGCAGCGCCGCAGCAGCAUCGGAUUCGCGAGCUGCGUACCGCAGAGGAAGAGGCGGAGGUCCACGCGAAUGCGCUGGGAGGAAAGAGAUUGAAGCUUGCAGCCAUCUUGCCGCUGCUGGCACGGCAGAGCGGGCUGGCGUUGGAAGGGGUCCCGAAUGAGAUGCUGGACGCUGUGUGUGCGGUCAAGGAGUUGAAGGCGUUGAGCGCUGUUAUCUAUAGUGCUUGGGGUGGCGAGGAAGCGGGGCAAUAGGGGAGCUCUCGAAGGGACGGAAGACAUGAUAUAUCAGAGCCCUGCAAUGCUAACUUACUAUCAAGC